AUGAUGCUUCCCAGACUCAACUCUCAUCGUUAUGAAACCAAUGGUGUGACCUCUACCAUGUGGAUUCGAAGAGUUUCUUUUCUAUUGUGCGGCAUUUGCGCGGCUGUUAGCCUAUCAAUAGGACACACCUUUUCCGAUGAAAUGGGAGACAACAAUCCAAGAAAGGGUACAGGUGUCCCCAAUUCCGUCCAUCCUCAAGAUCAAUACUAUUACCGUCUGCCAGAAAUGACACAAAAAAUGCUGGCGGAUUUCAAGGGACCUAAUGGACCCAAGCCAACUGUCAUGGUGACGGGUGCCGCUGGAUUCGUUGGCAUGUGGACCUGUCUCGCACUCAAAAAAAUCGGCAUGACGCCCAUUGGUUAUGAUGUCGUCAACAAUUAUUACAGCACAGACUUAAAACAAUCCAGAAUUGCGAAAUUGAAAGAGAAUGGUAUUGAAUUUGUUAAAGGUGAUGUCUGUGAUGUUGGAAAACUUAAGGAAACCAUUUCCAAUCAUCAGAUUACACGAAUCAUUCACCUUGCGGCUCAAGCUGGUGUUCGAUACAGUUUGGAUCAUCCUAUGGAAUACACACGAAACAAUAUUGACUGCUUUGUUUAUCUAUUGGAGACAAUCGUCGAAUUGGGAUUGCACAAGAAUGGUCGAUUUGUAUAUGCCUCAUCUUCGUCUGUCUAUGGAAACAACAAGAAGGUUCCCUUUCAAGAGUCGGAUCGACUGGAAGAUCCUGCAUCGCUGUACGCUUCUACCAAGCGAACCGAUGAGCUGAUUGGACAAACGUACUACAACCUGCACAAUGUUUCCAGCAUCGGCCUUCGAUUCUUUACUGUGUAUGGGGCCUAUGGUCGACCUGAUAUGGCACCUUGGAUCUUUUCUGAAAAGAUUAUGAGCAAUGAGACCAUUCAAGUCUUCAACCAUGGAAAAUCAAGGAGAGACUUUACUUAUGUCGAAGAUAUUGUCCAAGGUGUUGUGAACUCUCUCUUUGUCGUUCCUGGACAACCUGAACUUAUCAACCUUGGAAAUGGACGACCUGUCGUUCUAGCAGAUUUUGUCCGACUGGUCGAAAAGGAAGUUGGAUGGGAGGCCAAGAAGAAUCAUAUUGGAAUGCAAAAGGGAGAUGUUCCUGUAACCUAUGCUGAUAUUACCAAGGCCAGACGAAUGUUGGGAUACAAUCCCAAUACACCCAUUGAAAAGGGCAUUGCUGACUUUGUCACAUGGUUCCGUGACGCCAAUGCUCUGCAGUAUCGAAUGACAAAGAGCACAUCGUAA